UCUAGAGCUCUCCUUGAUUCCAGCCAAAGCAUUAAGUCUUACUUGAAAGCCCAGUGUGUGAUUAUGGAAGUUAGAAUGUGUGUAGGUGAGGCUAGAAACUUGGACAGGAUUCAAUGAGCACAGGAAACUUUUCUUCACCUCUCUGCGUGUGCACAGGGGAUGGUUUAUUUGUAUGGCUGCAGAGAAGAGGAGUGAUGCUGGAAGCUGUGAGAUGGAGUCUUUCUAAUGCUACCAGAAAACUGCAUUUAGUGCUGUUACAAAAGGUUGAAUUCUGUCCAAGACAUGGGCACACAGAAAAUACUGUCUGCUCAGGAACUCUCAUCAAACCUAAUCCAGCUGUAGGAUCAAAAACCACUUUGAACUCUUCCUCCUUUUGGUGUAAACUUGGGCUCUGCCUCCUACCCUUUGCUCCCUCAGACUCUGAGGGAGCAGGAUCCAGACGUGGCCAAGCUGCAGCAAGAAGCAGACCCUUCUCUGGGUGCUGCCCUGUGGCUCUGCAAGCCCUUGGCUCUGGGUGCUGUGCUGCCAGGGGUGCCAGCCCGGCUCCCAACGGGCAGCGGUGACUAAGCAGCCCGAAGCAGCUGCCUCCAAGGUCCAUUCUUCUGUGAGAGAUUUACUGCAGCGAGCAGAGGCGCUGGGAUGUGAUAAUUGCCUUCAUUCCCGGAACGAAGACCCUGAAGAACAAAAGCCAGUUGCCCGUGAAUCCACGGCGUGAUUCAAGCAUGCAGCAGAGGGGAGGAGUGGGAACCGUGUGCCUGUUGCUGUAGCCAAAGCGAGCGGGCACUAAUCAGCAGAGCAGCUCUGCCGCCCUCGGGUGCCCGGGGCCCUCCAGCCUUCCCGGGCCCGGACUUGAGGACAUGCCUCAACAGUGAAGCCACUCGGCGAGGAAAGCCCAGGAGGACGCGCUGGAGGUGCCCCCAGAGCCGGCAGGGCUGUGCCCUCCAGCGUCCUGCCCGCCCGGGCUCUGGUUUUCCUCCCAGACCCCUCCAGAGCCGACCUUCCCCACCGCGCUCCCGAGCCCGCGGACUCCGCUCCUGCUCCCGGGAGGAUCCCCGGUGACUCCCCCGCCACCUGAUUCUUCUGCCAAGACCACGUGCCAGAUUUCCUGGGAAGCUUUGCCGGGGACUUCAUGGAGAAGUGAUUGCCUGGGAGGAGGGUCCCCGCGCUGCCAGCACAGGGCGCAGAGCGGCAAGGAGGCAAAGGGUGAAAGCUUUCCCGUGGGUCAGCAUGGCUAGAAGAGACCUGAGAACUCAUUCUUGGUUCUUCAGCUUUCUGGUCAGUAGUCUGUCCAGGAGUCUCUUUGCCUUUGCAGCCCUUGCCAAGAAUCAGACUUCUAAAGGUUUUGCUCCUGUCACGAUUGAGACCUCAAGAGAUGUGUAUGAAUAUGUGGCCACUGCUUUGGACUGGUGGCAUGCAGACAGAUUCUGUGAACAACGCUUUGCUCAGUUACUUUUCGAACCCCAAGGCAGUGAGGGAGCUUUCUUCAGCAAGCUGCUGCAGUCCCACCACAUCAGAGGCUCUGUCUGGCUGAAUGAAAGGGAUGGUGUCCUGCACAAACCAAAGCGGAGAUGGGACCACGUUGUACCUGUCCUGGUAUUCAGAGACAAAACAGACACAAAAUAUGUGAAGGUACUCUCUGACUUCCCAGCACUGCCUGCUGUCACAGCCUGUGCCCACCUCCAGUGGGACACCAGGACCCAGGAGGUUGCUACUGUCUUCUCCUAUGCUGUGCCAGCUUUUAUUAAUGAAUUCCAGCUCCGUGGCUUUGUUGACGAGGAAGGUUUUGUUCGAUUUGCUCUCAUAGUCCAUGGGCACCAUUCCCCAUACCUGCCCAUGUUCCGUGCUGAUGGACAGUGGCAUCACUUCUGUGUGACCUGGCAGCAGGAAAAUGGGACCUGGGCCAUCUAUGCUGAUGGCAAAAGGAGGGCAUCUGCCAGGGGUUUGUGUGCUGCAGGGCCACCUGCCCCCCAGGCCAUCUAUGGCCAGGGGACUUUCAUCAUUGGGCAGGAUCAAGAUUCUCUGGGGGGCACCUUCAGGGCAAAGGAGUCCUUCAGUGGGAACAUCACCGACCUGCACAUCUGGCAGAAAGUCCUCAGUGCAGAGCAGAUUGAGAAGGUUCGGUCGUGCUGGAUGGUAGAGCAAGACCUUGUAUUUGGGUGGAGCUCAAACACUCUGGAGGUGGAAAGCAGUGUCGAGGAAGUGACUGCACAGUUCCUUUGCCCAGGGCCUGUUGAGGAAUGCCGAGUUUUUGAAGUUGGCAGCAGUGGAUUCGGUUACGCCUCUUGUUUGCAGUCUUUGCCUUUUAUCUGUCGUCACACAAAGGGUACAGCAUCUGACACCUACUGGCAGCUGAAGGAGGCUCAGCUGGGAUCCAGGCGCUCCCUCGCCGGCCGCAUCAACAGGCGUGCAGGGAGGGCUGUGAUUCCUGACGACAUCUUCACAAGUGAUGUCCAAGACAUGAACCUCUCUGUCGCUCUUGGUGCUCUUGAUGUCUUGGCAACUGUCCUGAGGGAGGAAGAGACACCUGUGCUGGAGCCAUCUGACCUCCUUGCAGUGCUUCAGUUACUGAAACAAGUUUCUGAUGUGGAAGUCCAGGAGGGAGAGGACCUGGAGAUGUUGGAGCAGUUGGGCCAAUAUUAUGCAGAAGUGACAGAGUUAAUCUUGGAAGAGCAGAAUAUUGAAACCUGGUCAUCAGUCGGCCAGGUCAUCAGAGGGCCCAUGGCUGUUGUUGAGCUCUGUGACAGGAUGGUGUCACUCUUGGCCCCACUGCUGACUGCAGGGAGGACCAAGAUCACGAUCCAGCAUGGGAAUGUCGGGAUGGAGAUCAGAAAGCUGGAGCUGGGCAGGCAGGAGCUGGGCAGGGAUGUGUACCUGGUCCGGAGCCCUGAGAAAGGCAGGCACGACCUCAUUGAAGUUCCCGCAGAAGAAAUGCAGAGGCUGAAAGCCAGAGGUCUCCGCAGAGUCACGGUGAAAAACCUGUGGUUUGGCUACGGCGCCCUGCAGCGCUGCCUGUCCGGCGCUGGCAGCUCUGCUGCCCCCCAGCACCCGGCUGCCCCGGGCGGAGCGCAGGAGUACCUGAGCACCGCGGUGGGCACUGCUCUGAUCUCCUCCACUGUGCUCAGUGACUACCAGGAGAUCAGCACGUCUGUGCGGUACCGCCUGCAGCACCAUGUCCAGGACCUGCCUGAUCAGUUGGUGGGACCCGUUUGUGCCUUCUGGAACUUCAGCCUCAGCCCAGACGCUGGUGGGAUGUGGUCCACAGCUGGCUGCUCUGUAGUGACAUCUCUUCCAGACUCCACUGCCUGUUUCUGCAACCACACCACAAAUUUUGCUGUGCUGCUGCAGGUCUAUGAGGUGCAGAGGAGCACCAAGGAGGAGUUCACACUGCAGACCUUGACUUUUAUUGGGUGUGGAGUUUCCUUCUGUGCCUUGAUUGUUACCUUCAUUUUAUUCUUGGCAGUUGGUGUCCCCAAGAGUGAACGAACAACUGUGCACAAGAACCUGAUCUUUGCAUUGGCUGCAGCAGAAGCUCUGCUCAUGUUCAGUGAAUUGGCGAAGACCAACCAGGUGAUGUGUUUCACCAUCACUGCCUUCCUUCAUCUCUUCUUCAUGGCAGCCUUUUCGUGGAUGCUGGUAGAGGGGCUUCUCCUGUGGAGCAAGGUGGUCGCAGUCAACAUGAGUGAAGACAGGAGAAUGAAGUUCUACUAUGUGACAGGCUGGGGCCUCCCAGUUGUUAUCGUGGGGAUGACCCUUGCAACUUCCUUCAACAAGUACGUGGCCGACACCCACUGCUGGCUCAACGUUCGGACCAACGUCGUCUGGGCCUUUGUGGGCCCUGUUCUCUUCAUCCUGGCUGUGAACACCUUUGUGCUGUGCCGGGUGGUGAUGGUGACUGUGUCCAGUGCUCGCAGGAGAUCAAAGAUGCUGACGCCCAACAGCAGCCUGGAGAGCCAGAUUGGAAUACAAAUAUGGGCCACAGCCAAGCCCAUCCUGGUGCUGCUGCCUGUGCUGGGACUGACCUGGGUGUGUGGCGUCCUUGUCCACCUCAGCAUUGUUUGGGCCUAUGUCUUCAUCGUGCUGAACUCCCUCCAGGGCCUGUACAUAUUCCUGGUCUAUGCAAUCUAUAACAGUGAGGUGAGGAAUGCCAUCCGGAGGAUGAAGGACAAGAAGAAAGCACUCUCAUUCACAAAUUGCUCUCAUCCUAUCAACUAUUUAUCGAGUCCAAGAAACACAACCUCCUGGGAGACAGGGAAACUGAGUCCUUCUGCAGCUGAGAGUGCCUUGUCAAGCCCUGUGCAGAAAGACCCUCCAGUGAAGAACAUCACCAACAAAGGAAAUUUUGGAGCCAAAAUUCCCAUGGGGAUUUCAUCAAUUAUGUCACCUGAGAGACCGGCUGUAGAGCUGACAGCAUUCAAAUCCUCAGGUUUCUGAGAGUUUCUGUGUGAGGGACCCACAACACCAAGGCUCUUCCAGCAGCUGGAGGAUGGCAGGUCGGAGGAGCUCGCUUCCAUGCAGAGGGCUGUCCCAGCUCGGGCAGAGCGGUUAGCUCUGUGCUUCUUCCUAUCAGCAUGUGCAGGCAAAACCAAGGCAGGACUGGGGCACCUCGAGGGCUCACAGGGUGUCAUGAAGUCUGCCCUGUUUCUCUCCAGGGACAGGCAAACAACAGACAGGUACUCAUCAUGACUCCUGCCCAGCCUGUGUGCUGGGCCAGGGAUCCCUGCAGCUCCUGUAGCUGCUGCAGCUGAGCCUGGCCCGGGGCAGCGGCACCACCAGCAGAGCCCUGGGGGAUGUCUGGUGUCACCAGCAGAGCCUGUUGAGUGGGGGGCAGCUGGAGCCCUAAGGAAGACACUGGCUGGCUUCCAGUCUCUUCUAAAGCAGCUGACUUCAGUAGCAUCUUUAGGAAAAAACCCUCACCCUGCUGCUCCCGGGGCUCCCACCUGCCGCUGUUACAUUUUCUCUCCCUCUGCCCUUGGCAUCCAACUCAUCCUCCUGUCGCAUCCCUAGUGUUUAGAGCUCAGAGAACGUGUUGGGGUUUUUGCAGAUUCUUGUGAC